AUGGCGACAAGUAUGCCAGAUGUAGAUAACGCACUUCUGAAACAGACAGAUGCAGUCGAACCACGGGUGGACGGUUACUCAGUUGCGGACGAAAUGGAAGAUGUUGCCGACGCAGAAAAGAACAGUUACAAAAUUGUAGAAGAGAUGGCAGAUGUUGCUAACGUCUUUGCUGAAAUAAAGAAACACAAUUUACUGGCAGUAGACUGUGAAGGAAUCGACUUAGGAAGAGCUGGUGAGCUGAAAGUUUUCACAAUAUCUACCCCAGUCAACACAUUCAUCUUUGACAUCCUGAAACUUGGUAAACAAGUAUUUGAUGACGGCCUUCGUGAUAUCCUUGAAGAUAAAACGAAGGAGAAACUCAUGUUUGAUUGUCGAGGUGAUGCGGAUAUUCUCUUUCAUCGGUACAAAGUGAAUCUCUCUGGAGUGCUGGAUCUGCAACUAUUGGAAGUGAUGCAACGAAAUAAAUCAUUGUGCUCCUCGUCGUCAAGCGCAUCUGGUCAUCGCAGAAGCACACAAACUGAUGAUGUUGAAAACAUCUAUGGGCUUCAACGCUGUAUAGAGAUCUACAUGGAUGAUAAGAAAAUGGUUGGAAAGGAAAAAAGUAAAGAUAUAUUAGCACGUGACAAAAAUGUGGGGAAGAACAGACCGUUGUCAAACAUCCUGAAGAUGUACGGCUGUAUUGACACAUCCGCGUUGUUCGGUCUAUAUGACAAGCUCAAAGGCGAUAGUGAUAACUUACCGCGUCUCCGAAUAGCAUCAGACCGUUACGCAGAUUACUUCCGGUCCAUGGCUGUAAGAACGUCAGGAAUGUUUGAACACCAUGCUUUCCUACCAUUAGACAUCAUUCCAGAUGGGAGAUCAGGAAGCUUUCCACUUGCCACGACGAAAUGCGUUGGAUGUCAUCGACUUUUUCCAAGAGACGAGUUCAGCAAGACACAACUUCGUAAUGGAAACCAGAAGUGUCGCGUUUGUAAGAAAGUGAAGCUGAAUGACGACGUUCAGAAAAACAGAGAAGACAACUGGAUGCGAGAUGAGGAAAGGAGAUCUUACUCGCCCUAUUACUCGUCAGACGAAGAUGUUUGGGAUAGUGAUUACGAAUUUGACUGGAUGAGACCACAUCGCCUUGACUUGUAUGAUUAUUAUUAUUCCAGUGAUGAGGAGUGGUGGUAA